GAAGGGGAGGACGGCGAUCCGGUCCAGCGGCGCGCCCAUCUUGAGAAAGGUGAAGAGCUCCAUGACGCACCAGAGCCGGCUGCUGUACGUCGGCCCCGCGAUGACGAGCAGCGUCUCGCAGCCCGCUAGGAAGAUGGGCAGGCACGCGAGCGACUCGCGGAUAUUGCACUGGUCGAUGCACAACCUGUCCAGCCAGACGUUCGGGGAGCGGCCAUGCUUGAGCCGGAAGGCGGCGGCCCAACCGCAGAGUGCCUCCCACUUCGCGCCAGGCGGGUCGUGCCAGCUGUGGCUGAUGAACGCAUCGCACUGGCCCAGGCCGCGCUGCUCGCUCCGGUCGUCGAGCGCCGCGCCGCCACAGGUCGUGGAGCGCGCCGAGCGUGGCGUCUGCCGCCGCUGCGACGUCUCGAGCGAGCCGCGACUCCGCGACUUGGUGGAGCCGCGACUGACCGAGUGGGCGCUGGCGCGCCGCGACAGCGGCACGAAGUCGUCGGGCCGCAGCUGGUCGAAGGGGACGGUGUGGAAGUGGCCCUCGGCGAAGUUGAGGAGCUCGUCUACGUCGACCCGCUUCGUCCCCGAGCGGAAGCUGAACAGGCCGGCGAGGAGGGCCGCCUCUCGCUCCUCGCGAGUGGAGCCGAGCCGCGAGAGUGUUGACAGCGCCCAUGCUCGCGGCCGAUCGCCGAGCAUGAGCGCGGCGGCGACACCAGUGGUGCCAACUGCAACCAGCGGGACAAAGAAGUCGGAGCUCACAAAGUAGGGGUCGAACAGGCAAGUGUACAGCGGCGCGAACACCAGGAGG